AUGAAGCAGCAGUCGGGCACGGAGCAGCAGUCCCGCAAGAAGCAGCAGUCGGGCACGGAGCAGCAGUCCCGCACGAAGCAGCAGUCGGGCACAAAGCAGCAGUCAGGCACGGAGCAGCAGUCCCGCACGAAACAGCAGUCCCGCACGAAGCAGCAGUCGGGCACCGAGCAGCAGUCCCGCACGAAGCAGCAGUCGGGCACGGAGCAGCAGUCCCGCACCAAGCAGCAGUCGGGCGCAAAGCAGCAGUCGGGCACGGAGCAGCAGUCCCGCACAAAGCAGCAGUCACGCACGAAGCAGAACAGUCCCGCGCAAGACAGCGGUCGGGCACGAAGCAGCAGUAGGGGCACGGAGCAGCAGUCCCGCAAGAAGAAGCAGUCGGGCACGGAGCAGCAGUCUCGCACAAAGAUGCAGUCGGCCACGAAGCAGCAGUUGGGCAUGGAGCAGCAGUCCCGCACGAAGCAGCAGUCCCGUACGAAGCUGCAGUCGGGCACAGAGCAGCAGUCCCGCACGAAGCAGCAGUCGGGCACGAAGCAGCAAUCAGGCAGGGAGCAGCAGUCCCGCACAAAGCAGCAAUCGGAAACGAAGCAGCAGUCCUGCACAAAGCAGCAGCCGGGCACGAAGCAGCAGUCCUGCACGAAGCAGAAGUCGGGCACAGAGCAGCAGUCCCGCACGAAGCAACAGUUGCAGCAGCAGUCCCGCACAAAGCAGCAGUCGGGCACGGAGCAGCAGUCCCGCACGAAGCAGCAGUCGGGCACGAAGCAGCAGUCGGGCACAGAUCAGCAGUCCCGCACGAAGCAGCAGUCGGGCAUGAGGCAGCAGUCGCAGCAGUCGGGCAUGGAGCAGCAGUCCCACAUGAAGCAACAGUCGGGCACGAAGCACCAGCCCCGCACGAAGCACCAGUCCCACACAAAGCAGCAGUCGGGCACGGAGCAGCAGUCCCGCACGAAGCAGCAGUCAGGCAUGGAGCAGCAGUCCCGCACGAAGCAGCAGUCAGCCACAAGGCAGCAGUCGGACACGGAGCAGCAGUCCCGCACGAAGCAGCAGACGGACACGGAGCACCAGUCCUGCACGAAGCAGCAGUCGGGCAUGAAGCACCAGUCCCGCACGAAGCAGCAGUCCCGCACAAAGCAGCAGUGGGGCACGGAGAAGCUAUCCCGCACGAAGCAGCAGUCAGACAUGGAGCAGCAGUCCCGCACAAAGCAGCAGUCAGGCACGAAGCCGCAGUCAGGCACGGAGCUGCAGUCCCGCAUGAAGCAGCAGUUGGGCACGGAGCAGCAGUCCCCCAUGAAUCAGCAGUCGGGCCCGAAGCAGCAGUCGGGCACAGAGCACAGUCCCGCACGAAGCAAAGUCUGGCACGAAGCAGCAGUCCCGCACGAAGCAGCAGUCGGGCACGAAGCACCAGUCCCGCACGAAGCAGAAGUCGGGCAAGAAGCAGCAGUCCUGCAGGAAGCAGCAGUCGGCAUGAAGCAGCAGUCCCGCACGAAGCAACAGUCGCGCACGAAGCAGCAGUCCCACACGAAGCAGCAGUCAGGCAUGGAGCAGCAGUCCCGCACAAAGCCGCAGUCAUGCACGAAGCCACAGUCGGGCAUGGAGCUGCAGUCCCGCAUGAACCAACAGUUGGGCACGGAGCAGCAGUCCCCCAUGAAUCAGCAGUCGGGCACGAAGCAGCAGUCAGCAGUCCCGCAUGAAGCAGCAGUCGGGCACGAAGCAGCAGUCAUUCACAGAGCAGCAGUCCCGCACGAAGCAGCAGGCCUGCACGAACACCAGUCGGACACAGAUCAGCUGUCCCGCACGAAGCAGCAGUCGGGCACGAAGCAGCAGUCCCGCACGAAGCAGCAGUCGGGCACAAAGCAGCAGUCCCGCACGAAGCAACCAUUUGGCACGAAGCAGCAGUCCCGCACGAAGCAGCAGUCGGCACGGAGCAGCAGUCCCGCACGAAGCAGCAGUUGGGCACAGAACAGCAGUCCCCAGUCGGGCACGGAGGAGCAGUCCCGCACGAAGCAGCCGUCGGGCACGAAGAAGCAGUCCCGUUCAAAGCCGCAGUUGGGCACGAAGCAGCAGUCCCGCACGAAGCAGCAGUCGGGCACGAAGCAGCAGUCCUGCACGAAGCAGCAGUCGGGCAUGGAGCAGCAGUCCCGCACGAAGCAACAGUCGGGCACAAAGCACCAGUCCCGUUCGAAGCCGCAGUUGGGCACGAAGCAGCAGUCCCGCACGAAGCAGCAGUCGGGCACGAAGAAGCAGUCCCGCACGAAGCAGCAGUCGGGCACGGAGCAGCAGUCCCGCACAAAGCAGCAGUCGGGCACAGAACGGCAGUCCCGUAUGAAGCAGCAAUCGGACACAAAGCAGCAGUCCCGCACGAAUCAACAGUCGGGCACGAAGCAGCAGUCCCGCACGAAGCAGCAGUCGUGCACGGAGCAACAGUCCCGCGUGAAGCAGCAGUUGGGCACGGAGCAGCAGUCCUGCACGAAACAACAGUCGAGCACGAAGCAGCAGUCCGGCACCAUGCAGCAGUCGGGCACGAAGCAGCAGUCCUGUCCGAAGCAACAAUCGGGCAUGAAGAAGCAGUCCCCCAUGAAGCAGAACUCGCGCAUGAAGCACCAGUCCCGCACGAAGCAUCAGUCCGGCACAGAGCAGCAGUCCCUUACAAAACAGCAGUCGGGCACGGAGCAGCAGUCCCGCACGAAGCAACAGUCGGGCAGAAAGCAGCAGUCCCACACAAAGCAACAGUCGGGCACGAAGCAGCAGUCCCGCACGAAGCAACAGUCGGGAGUCCCAAACGAAGCAACAGCCGGCACGAAGCAGCAGUCCCGAACGAAGCAGCAGUCGGGCACGGGGUAUCAGGCCCGCUCGAAGCAACAGUUGGGCACGGAGCAGCAGUCGGGCACAGAGAAGCAGUCCCCCACGAGUCAGCAGUCGGGCACGAAACAGACGUCCCGCACGAAGCAGCAGUCCCGGACGGGACAACAGUCGGGCACGAAGCAGCAGUCCCGCAUGAAGCAGAAGUCGGGCACAAAACAGCCGUCCCGCACAAAGAAGCAGUCCCGCACGCAGCAGUCGGGCACGAAGCAGCUGUCCCGCACGAAGCAACAGUCGGGCACGAAGCAGCAGUCCCGCACGAAGCAGCAGUCCGGCACGAGGCAGCUGUCCCGCACGAAGCAGCAGUCGGGCACGACGCAGCAGUCCCGCACGAAGCAGCAGUCGGGCACGGAGCAGCAGUCCCGCACAAAGCAGCAGUCGGGCACAGAACGGCAGUCCCGUAUGAAGCAGCAAUCGGACACAAAGCAGCAGUCCCGCACGAAUCAACAGUCGGGCACGAAGCAGCAGUCCCGCACGAAGCAGCAGUCGUGCACGGAGCAACAGUCCCGCGUGAAGCAGCAGUUGGGCACGGAGCAGCAGUCCUGCACGAAACAACAGUCGAGCACGAAGCAGCAGUCCGGCACCAUGCAGCAGUCGGGCACGAAGCAGCAGUCCUGUCCGAAGCAACAAUCGGGCAUGAAGAAGCAGUCCCCCAUGAAGCAGAACUCGCGCAUGAAGCACCAGUCCCGCACGAAGCAUCAGUCCGGCACAGAGCAGCAGUCCCUUACAAAACAGCAGUCGGGCACGGAGCAGCAGUCCCGCACGAAGCAACAGUCGGGCAGAAAGCAGCAGUCCCACACAAAGCAACAGUCGGGCACGAAGCAGCAGUCCCGCACGAAGCAACAGUCGGGCACGAAGUAG